AUGACGAACCAGAUGGUGCGCGAAGUACAACACCGGCGUCGACGAUCCAUGGAAGACGCGCCCCACCGGCCGCGCGCGCGCAGGCGUUCACCAAGGCCUUCGACCACAAGUGGAUGGUCGCCGAGCCCGGCGGCUUGUUCGAAGGCCCGAGCGGCAAGCACUCGAGCCGCGUCGGCGAGCUCAAGAUCGGUGCGUGCUCCGUGUCCCGUGGAACACUUGGGACCCGCCGUACCUCACGCCGCCUCCGUGACGCAGGCGACAUUAUCAAGGCCGACGCCGAGACCUUCGACCCCGACAACAAGAUCAUCUGGAGGCUGCACGCGGACACGCCUGUUGGAGAGAAGGGCAACUGGAUGUACGCGCCCGUGCGCGGUCCCAAGACCGCGGUCCCGCUCAAUGAAGCUUUACUGAAGCGCGUCGAGGACGGCGUCAAGUUCUACAAGGUCAACGGCAAGAAGGGUACCAUCGUCCGCAAGGAGGCGGACAUGAGCAGCGACAAGGUCCAGAUCAUCGAGUCGGGCACGGUCGUUAGUGUUGUAGAGACGACGGAGCUCGACAACGGCAAGGUCCGCUACGAGAUCGACGAGCCUGUACAAGGUUGGGUCACGUCGACGCAGGUCGACCGCUGGUACAAGGAGCUGCCGCGGUCGGCGUUCGCGAAGUGA